AAAAAAUAUGGCGAAGUUAAUUGGUAUAAAAGUUUAACGUCAUCGAUAUAAUUUUAUGAUAACAUUACUAACUUCAGUUCAAUAAUGUCGUAGAAUCAUAAUAGUGUUCUAACGUAUAAUUACAUUAAAUUGUUUUUAAGUUUGCAAUUAUAUACGGAAAAGAUUUUGAGGAAAUGGCACAAAUUUUUCGUUUGUAUAAAUUUGAAGUACCUAUAUUAAAUCAUGUUUUCUAUAGAAAUUAUAAUUAUCAAAGACGUAAAUAUAAUUAUUACGAAGUAUUGCAUAUUUCUUCAAAUGCAACCCAAAAAGAAAUAAGAGACGCUUAUAUCAAAUUAUCUAAACAGGUGCAUCCUGAUUGUGGCAAUAAGGGAAAUCAUGAUGAGUUUGUGAAAAUAAAUGAAGCCUAUAGUAUUUUAAGCAAUAAACAGAGCAAACAUAGUUAUGAUAUUGAUUUGAAGCAGAAUAAUAUUCGUGAAAAUUACUAUUAUCAAAAUGCUGGGUCUAACAAUCGUCACCAAUAUGCAUAUGAUAUGUACUAUUCAACAUAUAGAAGAAAACCUUCUGAAGCAGAGAAAAGAAAAGCAAUUAUAUUAUGGAUAUUCCUAGUGUUUACAGGAUUACUAAUUCAAGUGAUGCGUGUUAUAAUAUGGUCAAAUGUUAAUCAAGAUGCAGCAUUAAGAAAGAGUGGUAAGAUUAUGCUAGAGAUUGAGAACAGUAAUAAAAAGUAUGAAAAUAAAACAUUUGAAGAGAAGCUAGAAAUGUUAGAAAAAAUGAUGGCAGAACGUAUCAUGUCUACAGAUGAUAAAUAACACAUGUGAAAGUGUAUUUACUUGGACUUACAUAUUGUAACAUAGAGAAAUUUUUAAAAAUUUUGCUGUGCAAAAACAUAAAAUGCGUUACAUGAAAUAAUAGAUGUGUUAUGAAAUGUUAUUUUUUUAAGUGAAAUAGGUCAUAUUUUAAAUUUAAAAAAUUGUAUUUAUAGGUGAAAAAAUUAUUUAUAAUAGAAAUUAUGCUUACAUACAAA